AUGCUUUCAAUAGAAAAAGAAAAUUCAAGAGUUGCUACAACUAAACCAUUAGAUGAACUUUUUACUAAUGUCGGUCAAAAGUUUGAGACAGAGACCGUAAAGCAUGAAGGCUAUCGUUUUGACUACCCAUUAAGAUGGCUAAGAGACCCAUCUGUCACAAAAGCUAUUGGCUUUCGUAGAAUGAAGUUCAUUUCAGAAGCCAUACAUGGUUUCCCAUUUACGGUCGGUUUUGAAGUUAGAUACUAUAACAAAGAAAAACGUAUGUAUGAGAAAUUUGAACAGGGAAAACUUUUACAAGUUAGUUUGCUUGUAAACUUAGAAACAACUCUUCAAGCUUUUCAAAAAAAAUAA